GCUAGCUAGACUCCUUCCUCCCUCCCUCUCUCCGAUCCAGUCCGCCGCUAUAGCUACACCCAUCGUCGUCGUCCAUCGCCUCUGCAUGCGCGCGGAGGCCUAGCUACAUACUACUACCAAACAAUGAGUGUGCCGCAGACGGCGAUGAUGGCGGCGGCCGUCUCUUCCCUGCUGCUGCUGCUCCUCCUGGCCGGCUCCGCCGUGAGCUUCAACGAGUCCUCCGACUCCGACUCGUUGAUGCAGGAGCAGCAGUGGGGAAGCGCCAGGGCCACCUGGUACGGCCAGCCCAACGGCGCCGGGCCAUACGACAACGGCGGCGCUUGCGGUUUCAAGCAUGUGAACCAGUACCCGUUCCUGUCCAUGACCUCGUGCGGCAACCAGCCGCUGUUCCGCGACGGCAAGGGCUGCGGCUCCUGCUACAAGAUCCGGUGCUCCAAGCACCCGGCCUGCUCCGGCCGCGCCGAGACGGUGGUCAUCACCGACAUGAACUACUACCCCGUCGCGCCCUACCACUUCGACCUCAGCGGCACCGCCUUCGGCAAGCUCGCCAAGCCCGGCCGCAACGACGACCUCCGCCGCGCCGGCAUCGUCGACGUCCAGUUCGCCAGGGUGCCCUGCCACUUCCCGGGCCUCAAGGUCGGCUUCCACGUCCAGGAGGGCUCCACCCAGGUCUACCUGGCCCUGCUCGUCGAGUACGAGAACGGCGACGGCGACGUGGCGCAGCUGGACCUCAAGGAGGCCGCCGGCAAGAGCAAGACCCGCCGCUGGACGCCCAUGCGCCGCUCCUGGGGAUCCGUCUGGAGCCUCGACUCCAACCACCGCCUGCAGCCGCCCUUCUCCAUCCGCCUGCGCAGCGACUCGGGCAACACGCUGGUGGCGCCGGACGUCAUCCCCGUCAACUGGAGGCCAAACACAUUCUACAGAUCAUUCGUCCAGUACUCGUAGCUCCUAGUUUUAAUUUUGAUGCAUGAUUCAAUUAUAUUCAUCAACGACGUCGAUCGAUGCAUGGUCGAUCCUCAUCAUUCAAUUCAGAUCAAUAUAUAUGUAUGUAAGGCAUGCAUGUAUGAUGUAUCUACAAUAUAUAUAGUAAUACUCUGUACUAAUAAUAUAUACUGUCUGUGUUGGAAUUG